AUGGCUCCGACUAAGAAGAAGCAGGGUAAAAAGCACGCCACAAGAAAGCCUGAAAAGGACAAAAAGGAGCCUCAAGAACUUAAAGGUUCUAAAGAGGAACCAAAAGAGGACGUGGAGGAAGAAUAUGACGAGGAAGAAGACGAUGAUUACGAUCCUUCAAAAAAGGCAGACGAUGCCGAAGAUGACGAAAGUGGCGACGAGGAUGUUGAGAAAGUCCCCGAUUACUCGAAUAUUCAGGCUACUGUAUCUUCUGUGAGAACGCGACGCCAGCGUGAUCAAGGCUAUAGCGCGGACAAACACCAGGAGACUUCUCUUAAACGUCACAAAGAAGGCGUGAGCUUCGAUGUAGAUAAUCUCUUUGAAGAGUUAAGGCUGGGAAGGGCCAAGGCCGAAGUUAAUUUGGAAUGGCGAAGUACAGUUGAGGAUCCUGAAAAACUUGCUGCGGAAGAUAAAGCGAAGCAUGAACCAUCGGUAGAGGAAUCGCAUGGAGACGACACUGAGAAAAUCAAAAUACAAACGUCAUAUACAUUUGCUGGCAAGGUUGUGACGGAAUCAAAGUUAGUGGACGCCAACUCUGCAGAGGCAAAAGCCUAUAUGAACUCCACCAGUUUCCUGUCGCAAAUCGACGAUUCUGGUAAUAAGAUUCCUCGGGCAUUUGUUCCUAUUUUACGGCAAAUCCCUGGAACCAACGAACCCACGGAGUUGCGUAUUAAAUUGAAGAGACCAUCGUUGAUCGACAAGUUCUUGAGCUCACAGGGAAAAAAGCUGAAAUUGUCCACGUUGGAGAAAUCCAGGCUUGACUGGGCCAGUUUUGUCGAUAAACGGAAGAUCAAAGACGACCUUAAACUUCAUAACAAGGCCGGUUACUUGGACAAGCAAGACUUUCUUGGUCGUGUCGAGAGCAAAAGAGACAAGCACUACGUGGAGGCACGAGAAGCCGAACGCCAGCGCCAAUGGAAACUUAAUAACACUUAG